AUGAACAACACGGGCUCGCCGCCCGAGGGGGCUCCUCCCCCGGGGCCACCUCUCAAGUUCCAGCCGGGCGAGCGCGAGAACUACAACAGGGGCCCUGAAAUCAUCGGCGCCAGCUGCACGCUCGCCGUCCUAGCCUCCGUCGUCGUGUGCCUCAGGAUCUGGGUCAGGAUAAAGAUUAUCCGCCAGAUGGCCGUCGAGGACUACCUCAUGGCCCUCUCUGUCGUGAUGCUGGUUGGCUUGGCUGUAACAAACGUCCCCAUGGUAUACAAAGGCGCAGGUCGCCAUAUGGAAUACAUCCCGCCCGCGGACCUGUCCGCCGCCCUUCAUAUCAACUUUGCCACCCAGCCCACGGCGCUGAUUGCGCUGGGGAUAGCCAAGCUGAGCGUCGGCACCUUCCUGGUCAGAGUGUCUCCAUCCAGGUUCUACACCCGGUUCAUUUGGAUUCUCUUGGGGGUAACGGUGCUGUCGACUGGCGUCGGAACACUACAGAUUAUGCUUCAAUGUCGGCCGAUGGAGUUCAUCUGGAACAAGGCCCUUCCCGGCGGUGGCCAGUGCAUCCCCGGCGACGUGAUGGUGUCUGUUGCUUACAUCGGCUUCUCUGUCGGGAUCGCCACCGACUUCAUCUUUGCCGUUUUGCCGAUCCCGAUGCUUUGGAACGUGCAGCUAAACUGGCGGGUUAAGCUGGCCAUUAUGGGUAUCCUGUCGCUUGGUCUAUUCACCACCGUCGCGGGUAUUGUCAAGACCAUGUUCAUCGCGAAUCUGGGGAAAGAGGGCGAUUUCAUGUGGGAUAGCGUGGACAUCACCAUCUGGUACACCACCGAGAUCGCCGUCGCCAUCAUCGCGGGGUCCAUCCCCAGCCUAAAGCCGCUGUUCAAGAAGAUCCUAGCUAGCACGUGGGCCAGGAGGUACGCCUACGGCGGCAGCGGGUAUGGCGCCAACUCCAAGUCGAGGGGCGGCGGCACUGCCAACGCGGGCAGCAAGGUCAGCAAGGUCAGCAGGGCUCCCACGGCGGCGGCGGCGGCGGCGGCGGCACGGAGCAGCAAGAUGCCGCCGCGGGCCAGCAAGCACAUGAGCACCUUCGCGCCCUACAGCGGCGGCGACAUCGACAACGACGACGACAUGGCUAGCGGCAGGCUCGGCAGCAGCGUCUUUGAGAUGACGCCCGGCCCGGGGGCCGGGCCGGCGGCACGGUUCGAGUCUCACGCCGUCGCGUUCCCGUCGCCCGUCGCCGCCCCCACCGGGCUUCGGCGGUCGGUGUCGACGGCGGGCGUCCUGGACGGGGACGCGCACAGCGCCACGGCCAUCGGCACGGCGAUAGGGGCUAGCGAUGACGACGACGGGGCCCGCAGCGGCAGGUCGUCCGGGGAGAGCAGCGGCAUCAUCAUACAGAGGCCAGGCGACGAGGACUACCUGCGGCCCGGGAGGAUCACGAGGACGCUCGAGGUGUCGGUCGCCGUCGAGGACGCCUACCAGAGGAGGAGCGUCAAGGACAUGGUAUGA